AAGGAGAUUAACAAAGAACAAAUGGGAAGUAAAGAGCGAACAAAAGACAAAAAAGAAAAGAGAAGGCAAGAAAUUUCUCUCCUCCGCACAAUUCCAUAUUCAGAUCAUCAAAGAUGGUGGUCAGUGGAAACGGUUGCAGUGGUGACAGGGGCAAACAGAGGAAUAGGGUUCGAGAUAGUGAGACAGCUCGCAGGACAUGGAGUCACAGUAAUACUAACAUCUAGGGAAGCUAGUGCCGGAAUCGAAGCCUCAAGUGUAUUGCAAGAGCUGGGCUUAAGUGUGGCAUUCCACCAACUCGAUGUUUUGGACGAUUCAUCUAUCAAAGAGUUUUGCGAGUGGGUGAAAGAACAAUAUGGUGGCAUAGACAUUCUGGUCAACAAUGCAGGUGUUAAUUUCAAUCUCGGUUCCGAGAAUUCGGUGGAAUUUGCUCGGAUGGUUGUUGAUACUAAUUAUUAUGCUAUUAAAAAAGUGACCAAGGCGAUGAUCCCACUUAUCAGACCGUCUCAAGCAGGUGGACGGAUCGUUAACGUCAGCUCAAGGCUGGGCAGAGUUAACGGAAAACGAAAUAGAAUCGAAAAUGAAGAGCUGAGAGCAAAACUAAAUGACUUGGAAACAUUGUCAGAGGAACUGAUCGAUGGAAUGAUGUCAAAGUUCUUAGAGCAAGUGGAAGAUGGGAGCUGGGAAUCUGGUGGUUGGCCUCUCACCAACACGGAUUACUCCGUGUCAAAACUAGGGGUGAAUUGCUACACCAGGUUGUUGGCUAAGGAGAUGGCUGAUAAUAGAGGCGAGGGUGAGAAAAUAUUUGUGAAUUGUUACUGCCCUGGGUGGGUUAAAACAGCAAUGACAGGGUGGGCUGGAACCAUAUCAGCAGAGGACGGUGCCGACACAGGAGUAUGGUUAGCCUUACUCCCUGAUCAGGCUAUUACUGGGAAAUUCUUUGCUGAAAGACGCGAGAUCGGCUUUUAAUUUAUUUAUUAGAUUUUGGGCAUAAUUCAAAACUUUUGUAUGUGGGUUAAUAAGUGAUUUUUCUUUUCAUAUCAUGAUUGAGGAAGUAGUUUUUUUUUUUUUUUUUUGUUGUUUUUGAAACUCGUGGUUGAUUGAAUCCAAGAUUUGUGUUUAAGUUUAAUUCAGGA